AGGUACAAGAGGUACAAGAGAUACAAGAGGAUCAAUAUCAUCACUACAUUCCACGAUUCCUUCUUAUGAAUUUUGCUAUUAACAAUUAUGGGAGGAUAUUCGUGGGCAAUGACAAGUUAUUAUUAUACAAAGAGAAAAAGCAUAAGCAAAACUUCAAAGACUGGAAUAAGAAAGAAGCUCUUCUCCAAACUUACAAUAAGGAGAAAGGUCAAAUAAUUAAUUCUCUGGUUGGGAAAACUUAUGGAUAUAUGAACAUGUAUAAAGAUCUCAAUAAUAAAGAUGUGAUGUAUGUGGAAAAAGAGCUCUCAAAACUUGAAGGGAAAGCAUCACUAACGGUCAGACGUAUUAUCAAUGCAUCUCAAACGGAAAAUGAAAUUGAUUUAGUCAGGAAACAUCUUGAGAAUCUACGCAAAUUUCUCUUCAUCAUGAACUAUCGAAACUGUCAUAGAUGGUCUCAAUUUGCCAAUGAAAAAUUUGAUAGCUUCACUUGGGCUUUGUUGCGAGAGCACAUGGAAGAACAUAAAUUAAAAAAAGCGCAUGAAGUAUGGUUACAGAAUAUCCGCGGAAUACUAGAGACCCCCCACAAGGAUAUUAAAGAUGACUCUCGAAUCUUUUCAGUAGAUAGGACGGAUUAUCAACAACGCAUGGUUGACUGUUUUCUCGUAAUUUGGCAAGCCGGAGAUAAUGACGAGUUCAUAAUAACCAGUAACGGAUUUGGAAUCUUUGAGGGGUUUUCGGGGGUUGGGCCUGUUGGUCCAUUUCAACUUGCUUACCAUUGGUUUUACGUUAUCUCUCCAAAGCUGGUGUUGGUCCUCUGUACUCAUGGAACUGAAAUCAUAGGAUCAAUGUUUGGCAAGAAGUCGAUAUUGGCAAAUGCUCCUCAUCCACUCGCAAAAGUAAAGUAUGCACCAAUUAGUGAAUCCAGUCAUAGUACUGGCGGAACUGCAUUUGAUGAACUACUAAGGUGUGAGGGUUUGGAAAGAACAGAGAAUGACACCCUCACCCUUCCCUUUGCCAAAAUUUCUUCAGAUACUGUUAGCCUUGUAAACUCUAUCUUGCUCAAUGAGACUGAACCAGACCUGAUUUUGACUUUCCUCUCUCCAUCAUAUCUCUAUAAGGCAAUUGUCAAAUAUGAUAAAUACAAGGAAGUUUAUUUGCAUGACCAUGACUACACGGGUUUGAAAAGAAUGCUGUUUAAAGAGUUAAACAAGACUCACAAGGAAGACUUGAAUCUACGGAAGAAUAUCCCAGACAACCACAUAAAUACUUGGACUGUGUGUGAGAUAGAUUCAUAG